UCACAGGACCGUGCAAGGGUUGCCCAAUACACACCUUUCAUUAAAAUUCCGCCUAUCUUGUACCCUAAACUCAGUAAUCCAUACAAAGCGCCCGUCAUGCAUUGUGGCUGGGUGAUGGACCGGCUUCGGAAGUAUACCGAAGACAAUGACUUCGUCGUGACCCUUACAUACGACUACCGUGAAAAAUUCACAGAAGACGAGAUAGGCGACGAGGAUCCUAUAGUUGUAGCAUGCGUCAAUCCCUUGGAAAGCAUGAACAAUGCCCUGGCGGAUCUCAUGGGUAAAUUGGGCAUUACAGAGAUCCUCAAGACUGUCGAUAUCGAGAUUGUUGUGACGGAGAACAAGGCGCUCUUCGUCUCAUUGUAUACGAACUACAGCGUAAGGUGCACGCCUGCAGCAGAGGCGAUCGAGAAACUGCGUGUCGCGCUGGGCGAAGAGGAAGGUCCGAAGUGGUACCUCGACUACUUUGAUUUGCACUGGACGCCGAAACUCCCAUCAGCAAUCCGCGCAAAGCCGUACGUGGAUUUAGCUGUUUUGCUUGUACUACUGCUAAUCGAAAGCCCUCCAGAAAACGUCCGGCUGGCGCACCGAAGAAGAAGCCUCUUCCGAAAUGAUCACGGUCGAUUUCUUGUGCGUCUGGUGCUUUUAUCUAUGAUCUCGGACGAUCAGCUGCAUCAAUACUCUCUAUGA